CUCUGCUCAAUCGCAUACUCCGCGACAACUCCUUCGUCGCGAUCCUCGAUUCCACUCCUUCUACAUCCCUCUUACUUGCACUGCCCUCCCCUUGUGGCAUCCAAUCAAUUCCUGCAAGCACAAGCGCAGGCACCCAUUCGACCCCACGUAAACCCGAGACCGUGAGGUCUACCUCGUGGACAUGUCUGGCUUCAUAACAACAAUCAAUCCCCGGACGCGCACGCCGUUCAAGCCGCAGAAGUCGAAUCGGGGGACUAGCAGUUGGCAGCUCAAGCAGUAUGCGGAGGCGACGCUCGGGAGUGGGAGCUUGAGGAAGGCGGUCAAGUUGCCGGAAGGGGAGGAUAAGGAUGAGUGGUUGGCUGUUAAUGUGGUCGACUUCUACAAUCAGAUCAACCUGCUCUAUGGUUCGAUUACCGAGUUCUGCUCGCCGCAGACCUGUCCGGAGAUGAAGGCCACGGACGAAUUCGAAUACCUAUGGCAAGACACGGAGAACUUCAAACGCCCAACCAAGAUGGCGGCGCCAGAGUACAUCGAGCACCUCAUGGCGUGGGUCCAGAGUAACAUCGACAACGAACAGAUGUUCCCCAGCAGGAUCGGCGUCGCCUUCCCCAAGACGUUCCCAGCUCUCAUCCGCAACAUGUUCAAGCGCCUCUACCGUGUCUACGCCCACAUAUACUGCCACCACUACCCUGUUAUCAUCGAACUGGGCCUCGAACCGCAUCUGAAUACGAGCUUCAAGCACUAUGUCCUCUUCAUCGACGAGCAUGGACUUGCGUCGGGCUCAAAAGACUUCUGGGGACCACUGGGCGAUCUGGUGGAGAGCAUGCUGAGGAGCGAUUGAGUUGGAGCAGAGACGUGGUUGCUACGAAUGGUGUAUGAGGUAAUGCGGACAUGAAAUGGCAUUGAGCGGCAAAGCAGCUUUUCGGAUUCUUUUGUUUUCAACGAGGCGCAAUGGCGCUGUUUGGCUCAUAAUCGGACAGUAGGAAUAGGGGGCGUUGUUCCAGGGCGACAUGCAGUUUGUAUUAACGACAAAACAAUCCGCGGUGCUCUCUUAGUUUCAUGGCCAUACUCUAGCUAGCGAGUCCUGAGAUUCCAACGUGAUUGAGACACGCACCCUGCGGACUUCCUCUGUUCGCGCUUUCUGGAAUAUGGUAUGAGAGUGAUGUGAUCAGCAGUGGCCAAAAUAAGUGGUUUCCUAGGCGUCUGCAACGUUGGAAGUAAACCAACUGGGUGGCAUAGGGUCUAUCUACAUAGGUAUCGGAACGUAAGGUUUUC